CUCAACAAUAAUGUUUCGGCCGCCUGAUAAGUAUGAUUCACGUUGAGGUCAACAAAGACAACAUUGCCAACCACACACAGGAAACAUAAAUGCAGGCAGCAAAUCAUAGUCAUGGUCAGCGAAAACACCACGUGUGGACGCAUUCGUGUCCCUACCGACGAUACUUUACAGACACAUCCUGCCUGCCUGUCUGCCUGUCUGCCUGUCGAUGGAUCUUUCUGCGCGCAUCUCCACUCCAUCGUCGGACCACGCCGCAGUCUGUAAGUGCCCCCCACCGACAGCAGCAGACGGCCGGCGGUUUUGUAUGUGGUCAUGCUACAUCUCUCCACAAGUUGGUGGACUUCUUGUCCGUGUCGACGCCAUGCACAACUAUGCUGCUCACACAUCACACACACAGUUAUCAUGCCGUUUGUUUGCCUCACGUGUGGUGGUUCGCUUCUCUCACCUGAACGCAGCGCUGCCGAGGACGGCCGUGGCAAAAAAGUUGGCCGACUCACGACCAACUACCGAACUGCACACAUACACACACGCACCAGACAGCACCACUUGCAGACCUUUCGUCUGUGUGUGUGAGAGUGUGUGUGGCGGUUUUCUCCCUCACACGAGUGCGCCGGCCACAGCCCCUCCAGUGCCGGCGUCCAGCGGGUAGGGCACCCCGAUGCGCCGCAGCGCACACGACAUGAACGACGUCACAACUGAACCAACGCACACAGCCAACCGUCCAUCAGACACACACGGAGAGAAUCCGACAAUAAAGCAGCCUGGCUUCCCUGUACUGAGACCGUGUGUGUGUGGCUGUUGGAUGGACAGAUGACUUACAGCACCAAGAUCCAAAGUACAGGGCGGUCUUGCCCGUCAGCAGACUCCGACGACCAAUCCACCGCACGCCGCGCAACACUGACGAGUGCGGCCAAAUGUUGCCCGAAGAGGGCGGCCGAGAUGCUGACGCGCCUGCACUCGGCUGCUGAUGAGUGGGAGUGGCACUGCUGCUGCUGCGAGGUUUGCGCUUGGGUGUGUUGAGUUCUUUGGCGAAUAGAAUGCCGAAGACUGUGCCCGAUACGAUGCCGCGGAAGAAGGACUCGACGCUGCCGUCCAGACAGGCCACCUCGGGCGGCACCACCACCAGCGACAUCGAUUCGAUGGACAGACAGAAGAUGAGAUGGAUGAGGAGAUGAGAUGAGGAGAUGAGAUCUUAACUCACUGCCGAUUUCUCACUGCCCGCUGCAGGACGGAGGAUGUCAUGUUAAUGAUCUCUCGCUGGGGAAGGAUUUUUC